AAAUACGAAAAUCACCCGUCAAUUUAAACAGCCCAUGUGCACAUGAUCCCAUAUGAUAUUAACACAACAAAUUAAAAAUCCAUCCUCACUCAAAUUGUAACUUCCUACUUUUCCCGGCAACCAACCGCCAACCCAAAUAUCCAAAACUCCGAAAUGUUUCCGGCCACAAUCGAACCUCGCGUUACACAGCGCCAUGCCUGGACAGCCACUGAAAGAACAGUAAUUGUCGCCGUUAAAGCAGAGAAAGUGAUCUCUAAAACUGCACUGGCUUGGGCUUUGACUCACGUUGUCCGUCCCGGUGAUUGCUUAACCUUGCUCGCCGUCUUCUCUCAAACCAAAACCGGUAGGAGAUUCUGGAACUUUCCGAAGUUGACCGGAGAUUGCGGGAGUAGUCACCGGGAAAAGUUUCCUGAUCGCAUUUGUGAAAUAUCGGAAUCUUGUUCUCAGAUGGUGCUUCAGUUUCAUAACCAAGUUGAGGUGGGAGUGAGGAUUAAGGUGGUGUCAGGUACAUCUGGCGAUGCUGUUGCAGCUGAAGCAGAGCGCAAUGGUGCCAACUGGGUGGUACUGGACAAAAAAUUGAAGCAAGAAUUGAGACAUUGCAUAGAGGAACUUCGCUGCAACAUUGUGGUAAUCAAAGGUUCUCAAGCAAAAGUCCUUAGGCUUAUAUUAGGAUGCUCAGAUGAAGUACAAACUCCAUACUAUUCUGCUGCUGCUUCGCCAGAUGAGCAUAUAGGAGAGCACAAGAUGAAGCAUUCUACUCCAGUGAGCAGCCCUGAGGAGACGAGUACUUCUUAUUCAAGAACCAGAGGAGGUUCAUUGUCGAGUUAUGACUCAAUGACGCCCCUUCUCAUUUAUGAACAAAACCCUCUUUUUGAAGGAAUGAACAGAGGAAAACUGGCGCCUGUAGAUUAUCCGAACGAUUCUGAUUAUAUAGUUUCGCCUCCUUCACAGGAUAGAAUCAUCACUCUGUCAACAAACUCAACAUCAGGUGAAGCUAAUAAUCACAAGAGUGUAUUCUGGAUUCACCAAAACCAUAUAGCUGAUGAAAAGAACCUAAAAGUCCAGGAUGGAAACUUCAGAAAUACUUCUAACAACAAAUCAAAAACUUCCAGAACUCUACUCGAUAAAUUUCUGCAAUAUGAUCAAGAUGCUAGACCUGAUAAUAUUGAGCUGAGCCAAAGUCUUCAAAAGGACUACAAUUCAAUGUCAAGUUUAAGAAACCCAGUCUCUUUAGGUAGAACAUCCUCAAUGCCUCCUCCUUUAUGCUCACUAUGUCAACACAAGGCACCAGUAUUUGGAAAACCGCCAAGACAGUUUUCUUACAGGGAGCUAGAGGAAGCUACGGAAGGAUUCUCAGAUAUGAAUUUCUUAGCAGAUGGAGGUUUUGGAAAUGUUUACAGAGGAGUGCUAAGGGAUGGCCAGGUGGUUGCUGUGAAGCUCUUAAAAUCUGGCGGCUCUCAAGCAGAUGCUGAUUUCUGCAGUGAAGUGAGGGUAUUGAGCUGUGCUCAGCACAGGAAUGUUGUAUUGCUUAUAGGGUUUUGCAUUGAUGACAAGAAUAGAAUCUUGAUUUAUGAGUACAUAUGCAACGGGUCCCUGGACUUCCACCUGCAUGGAAAUAGAAGAAUGCCUCUAGAUUGGCACUCGCGGAUGAAAAUAGCAAUUGGAACAGCAAGAGGUUUAAGAUAUCUUCAUGAAGAUUGUAGAGUGGGUUGUAUAGUGCACCGAGACAUGAGGCCCAGUAAUAUCCUCGUAACGCAUGAUUUUGAGCCUUUGGUUGCUGAUUUUGGGCUUGCAAGGUGGCACUCUGAAUGGAAUAUCAGUACCGAAGACCGAGUCAUUGGAACCAUAGGAUAUCUUGCACCAGAGUAUGUCAAUGGUGGAAAAAUCACAGAGAAAGUUGAUGUGUAUGCAUUUGGAUUGGUUUUGUUGGAGCUAAUGACAGGGCAAAGAAUCAGGGAGUUGCAAUUUUACGAGGGACGACAUUUCAUAUCUGAUUGGUUCCCCCCUCUUGCUGCACUAGAGCCAGGCUAUGGCUUGACAAAAAUAUACCAAUUAGUGGAUCCAUGCUUGGCCGCUGAGCAAGUCCGUGAUUAUGCAUACCAACUUAAGGCUAUGGCGCUAGCUGCUUCGUUGUGCCUACGUCCGGAUCCAGAAUCUAGACCUGCAAUGUCAAAGGUUCUUAGAAUUCUUGAAGGAGGAGACUUGUUAGUUGCUUUGGGCUUAGACUUGAAUUCAGCCGGUAAUAGAAGUGGCCAUUUGCGUGGUCUGAACAUACAUAGAGAAGACAAAAUGACAAGGAGCCACUCUCGUAAGCUUUCACACUGAAUACUUAUUCUUCAACAACUGUCUUAUACAUACCAUAUAAUUAUACAGGUUAGUGGGUCUUUCUGCUGUGUGCAUAGUUCUGAAGUGAUGAUGUACCUUCCCAGUUGCAAACAUGUUAAUUGAUCGCAUGAUUUUCUUCCCAGUGUGAUACAAUUUUGUUUGUAUCAUCAUUGUCAAUAAUGUUUAUAAAGAAGAUUUCUCGGUGACUGUCGAGUAAAAUUACUUGCAUUUUUGUAGUUCUAUUGUUUUCCAUUGCAAAAGACACAAUAAAUUAGGAACUGUAAAUCAUGAAACAAAAUAGUAAGAAUAUUUUGUAUUUCUUUCCCUUAAAAGGUUUAAGGUCUACUGAUGUA